AUGGUGCCCACCUUCACCCUCUGCCUGCUGGGCAGCGCUGCCCUGCUGCUCAGCACCCCGCCCGGGGCUCAAGCUGCCUAUUGCCCCUUCCCAAGGGUCCAGUACGGGUCGGUGCUCCCUUACCGCCAUCACUACAGGACAUGGGAAACUGUGACCUUCAACUGCCACCCGGGGUACACCCUGCGGGGUCCCCACGGCAGCACCUGCGGGGCCGGCUCCAGGUGGGACCCUCCCCCGCCAGAGUGCAGAAAGGAGGUGACAUGUCCCCGGGCACCGAGCAUCGCCAACGGGCGGCACAGCGGGCACCCCUCGGCCAGGGUGUCCCGGGGAGUGACCGUGUCCUACAGCUGCCGGGAGGGCUUCCAGCUGCUGGGCAGCGUGUCCAUCACCUGCACGGACUCCGGGCUCUGGAGCCGGCCCCUGCCCCGCUGUGAAGCGAUCGGCUGCCGGGUACCCGAGGUGCAGAACGGCAAGGUCCACAACCUGCAGAGCACCUACAGAGCUGGGGAGACUCUGCACUUUUCCUGUGAUGCUGGUUACGCCACGGAGGGCCCCGGUGAGGCUCGGUGCCAGCCCGGGGGCACCUGGGACCCGCCGGUGCUCGUGUGCCAGAGAGUCCGGCCGUGCCCGAUGCCUCCGGAGGUCGCCAAUGGAAAUCACAACGGGCAGAACAAAGCGGUUUUUAGCGCUGGGAUGUCUGUGAGGUACACCUGCAAUCCCGGCUAUUACCUGGUUGGAAAUGCCGCUGUGUUCUGCAGAGCAUCGGGGAACUGGAGCCAGCCCCGCCCUCGCUGUGAAGAGGUGACAUGUCCCCGGGCACCGAGCAUCGCCAACGGGCGGCACAGUGGGCACCCCUCGGCCAGGGUGUCCCGGGGAGUGACCGUGACCUACAGCUGCCGGGAGGGCUUCCAGCUGCUGGGCAACGUGUCCAUCACCUGCACGGACUCCGGGCUCUGGAGCCGGCCCCUGCCCCGCUGUGAAGCGAUCGGCUGCCGGGUACCCGAGGUGCAGAACGGCAAGGUCCACAACCUGCAGAGCACCUACAGAGCUGGGGAGACUCUGCACUUUGCCUGUGAUGCUGGUUACACCACGGAGGGCCCCGGUGAGGCUCGGUGCCAGCCCGGGGGCACCUGGGACCCGCCGGUGCUCGUGUGCCAGAGAGUCCGGCCGUGCCCGAUGCCUCCGGAGGUCGCCAAUGGAAAUCACAACGGGCAGAACAAAGCGGUUUUUAGCGCUGGGAUGUCUGUGAGGUACACCUGCAAUCCCGGCUAUUACCUGGUUGGAAAUGCCGCUGUGUUCUGCAGAGCAUCGGGGAACUGGAGCCAGCCCCGCCCUCGCUGUGAAGGGACUGUCUGCAUCAACCCAACUGUGGCCAAUGGAAGGCAGGUUGGUGGCCACGGAGCUCUGUCUGCACCCGGGCAGUCGGUGACAUUUCGGUGCCAGGACGGGUUCAGCCUGCGGGGCAGCGCCAGCGUGUCCUGCCAGGAGGAUGGCAGCUGGCAGCCCCCUGCUCCCGAGUGUGACAGAGCCCUGCCUGACCAGAACUCCUCCAGCAGGCCUCCAGGUGCUUGUGAUCCUCCCACAAGGUUACAGUUUGCUGAGCUAAAUGAGGAGCAUAGAAAUGCCAUUGGUUUUUCUGUUGGGAAGACUGUGCAAUACACUUGCCGCCCUGGAUAUGCUAAAGUCCCAGGAAUGUCACCUACUAUUACAUGCCUUGAGAGUGGAGUGUGGUCAGAAGCACUAGAGUUCUGUAAAAGGAAACAGUGCAGUCACCCUGGGGAGCCUAUGAAUGGCAAGAUUAUUUCCCUGACAAACCUCCAGCUUGGGUCUACAGUGGUUUACGGCUGUGAGGAAGGGCACAGGUUAAUUGGAAAAGCCAGCAGACGCUGUGAGGUCUCUGGGGGACGUGUUGCAUGGAGUGGGGACGUUCCCCUCUGUCAGCGCAUCCCCUGCGAGCCGCCCCCGGACAUCCCCCACGGGAGACACUCGGGGAGGCUGCAGGACGAGUUCCACUACGGCACCUCGGUGACCUACAGCUGCAGCCCCGGCCUGGCCCUGCUCGGGGAGCCCUCCGUGCACUGCACCACCCGUGACGGCCACAACGGCGUGUGGAGCGAGCCCCUGCCCGCCUGCGGAGCGGCGAAUUGUCCUGUCCCACGGAUCCAGAACGGGAGGAUCGUGGCUCGCAGGUCUGCCUACGCACACGGGGACACGGUGACCUUCGAAUGCGACCCAGGCUAUGCCAUUCGCGGCCACAGAGAGACCCAGUGCCAACCAAACAACACCUGGGAGCCGCCUGUGCCUGUCUGCCAGCAGGCUGGCUGCAGAGCCCCGGCCAGGCUGGGCUUUGCCGAGCUGAAGGAGCCCUACAGGAACCGGACGGUGUUUCCCGAGGGGAGCAGGGUGGAAUACGAGUGCCAGCCCGGCUACACCCCGCUCCCGGGCGUGUCACCGGCCGUCACCUGCCUCGGCAACCAGAGCUGGUCUGCGGCGCUGCACUUCUGUACAAGGAAGCAGUGUCCCAGCCCAGGGAACCCAGCGAAUGGCAGGGCUGUUGUCGUGACAGAUCUCCUCUUCGGAUCCAGAAUCAAUUACACUUGUGACAAGGGGUACAAGCUGGUGGGAGGCUCCCACAGAAUUUGCGAGGUCUCUGGCACGCGUGUCUCGUGGAGUGGGGAUCCUCCUGUCUGCCAGCGUAUCACCUGCGCUGCCCCUCCGGCCAUCCCGCAGGGCACACACAGCGGCGGCUCCAGGGACACUUUCUCCUUCGGGGACGUGGUCACCUACAGCUGCGCCUCGGGGCUGGCCCCGGCUGGAAACACCUCCCUGUCCUGCACCUCCCUGGAUGGGGAGCACGGCACCUGGAGCGGGGCAGUGCCGCGGUGCCAAGAGGUGACGUGUCCCGCGCCCCCCGGCAUCGCCAACGGGCGGCACAGCGCCAGCGCCGGGGCCCGGCACCGCCCGGGCUCGCUGGUUCUCUACUCCUGCGCCGAGGGCUAUUCCCUGCUGGGCAACGCCUCCGUCCGCUGCACGGCCAGGGGGACCUGGAGCCGGCCCCAGCCCCGCUGCCAAGCAACCGGCUGCACCAGGCCAGAGAUCGAGAAUGGGAAAGUCAGUGGGCUGGAGACCACCUACAUGCUGGAGGACACCAUUUUCUUCGAGUGCAACUUUGGUUAUGCCUUGAACGGCUCUCAGGAGUCUCGGUGCCAGUUUGGGGGCAAGUGGCACCCUCCAGUCCCCACCUGUGAGAAGUUGCCGCCGUGUCCUUCCCCUCCGGUUAUCAGGAACGGCCAUCACGACAGCCAGGGUGUGAGCGAGUUCAUCCCUGGCAUGUCAGUGAAGUACCACUGUGACCCUGGGUACGUCCUCACCGGGAAAACCACGGUUUCCUGCUUGCCCACGGGAGUCUGGAGCAUCCCUUACCCGCACUGUGAAGCCGUCACCUGCAGCAGCCCCAGCGUCAAGGACGGGGAGGUGGCAGAGGGCCGGAGGGCUGUGUACCACCCUGGGGACAACGUCACCUUCCAGUGCCACCCGGGCUUCGUGCUGAGGGGCAGCCGAGGGGCCGAGUGCCAGCCCGACAGCCGCUGGGUGCCCGCUGUCCCCACCUGCCAGCCAGCUGGUUGUGGCACACCAACACCUCUGCUGUUUGCUGAGCUAAGCGAGGAAUAUGAAAAUCAGACUGAGUUUCCUGUUGGGAUGACUGUGAACUACACUUGUCGGCCUGGAUACGUGGGACAGCCACAGAUAUCACCAACUAUCACAUGUCUUGACAAUCUAACGUGGUCUGAAGCUCAGGAGUUUUGCAAAAUGCUGCAAUGCCCUUCACCUCCAAAUAUUGACAAAGGAAACCACGACAGCCAGGACCUGGAGGUUUUUCCCACUGGGAUGGUUGUGAACUACAGCUGUGACCCUGGCUACAGCCUCCAGGGACAGGCAUCCAUCUACUGCACCGACUCUGGCAACUGGAGCCUCCCCCUCCCUCAGUGUGCAGGUGGCUGUGGUGCACCUCCAAACCUCAGCUUUGCUGAGCUAACCAGGGAAUACAAGAACCAGCAGGAAUUUGCAGUUGGGGACACCGUGCGCUACAGCUGCCGGCCGGGACACUCGAGGCGUCCUGGAAUGCCCCAAACUCUGACUUGCCUCCAGAACCACACGUGGUCUGAAGCCCUAGAGUUCUGUAAAAGGAAGCAAUGUAAACAGCCAGACCCCCCCAGGAAUGGCAGAGCUGUUCUCACAGAUCUCCUUUUUGGGUCGACCGUGAACUAUACGUGUGAUGAAGGGUACAGACUGGUUGGCCAGCCCCACAGGAGAUGUGAGAUUUUGGGACGAGAUGUUGCCUGGACUGGUCUGCCUCCCAUCUGUCAGAGGGUGGUGUGCCCAGCCCCACAGAUCCAGAAUGGGAGGGUGGCUGUCCCCAAGCCCCGCUACACCCACAGGGACUCUGUCACCUUCAAGUGCCGCAGAGGCUUCACCCUGCAAGGCCACCCCAGCUCCCAGUGCCGAGGGGACAGGAGGUGGCACCCACCCCCACCUGUCUGUGAGCAGGGUAAGGAGCAGCUCUGGGCCUUGCUGGGAUUGCACAUUCCUCCUGAUUUCUCCUGCCAGCCCACCAAACUCCAAGCUGGUUUUAUUUUUCCUGUUUGCUCCAAUUACUUUAAGGAGAACGCAGAAUUUUUUCCUUUCAUUUAUGCCUCUCUUCACACACAGGAGGUGAGCCAGGGCUUGGGUAAAGCUGUAAGUAUUGGCAUGGUUUGCACUUUCUCACACUGCUUGUUGCAAUCCAUAAUCCACAUUCUCUUCAUUCCCUGGAAAUUGCCUAAUAUUUGCAUGCAACCUAUAGAAACUACUAAAUUACCAUGUUUUCUGGCUUUCUUAUCUGUAACCCUUAUCUUCAGACCUUUCCUGCCAGGCUUGGGACAGGAUGUCUGUUGGUUCUUUGGUAUUUGUGGCAUUUGGUAUCAUCUAAACAAAGGAAGAGGCCUCAAGCCUUCACUUGUAUGUUUUCAGCAUCUAUGUCAAAGUAUGCCAGCAUCUCUAUUUCAUCUAUUGUUUCAGAACUACUUGCUAGGCACUCAUAAGAUUUUUCUGUUCCCUCCCCAACAUCUCUGCACGUCUCUGUUUUCAGUGCUGCACUGCUCCAAGCCUGCAAAUAUCACCCACGGCUCUUUCAGUGGCCCAGCAAAAGCAGUUUUUGCUCCGGGAACAUCUGUGAACUAUAUCUGUGAGCCCGGCUUCUCUCUCCUGGGGACAGCAUCCAUUUAUUGCACAGCAUCGGGAGCCUGGAGCCAUCCCCCUCCCGUCUGCCGAGCUGUGAAGUGUCUGCAGCCUCCAAACAUCCCCAAUGGGAAGGUGAGAGGCAACACCUCAGCCCCCUUUCCGUCCGGAGCCGCGGUCUCCUACAGCUGCGAUCCUGGUUACUCACUGCUCGGGAGCGCUGUCAUCAACUGCACGGGGUCAGGAACCUGGAGCCAGCCCCUCCCGCAGUGCGAAGAGAUUCGAUGUGAAUUCCCGGAUGUCCAAGGUGUUAAAAAGGCCAUUAAAGGAAAUAGUUAUCGCUCUGGCACUAACAUCACUCUUGAAUGUGACGAUGGUUACAUGCUGGAAGGCAUCAGUCACACCCAGUGCCAAGAGGAUUUCAGCUGGGACCCUCCCGUGCCAGCCUGUAAACUGAUGUCCCCCAAGUCCAGGUCAGUCGGCCUAGGAGUGGCAGCAGCAGCAGUUCUGCUGCUCCUGGGGGCUGGCGUUGCCUGGAAAAUAAUUUCCAAGCAGAAGGAAGGCUAUUAUCAUACCUAUGAAAACUAUAAUUACAGAACCCCCCUGACCCCAGCAACUGAACACAAAGGCUCCUGUCUGCCAUAGGAGAAACUCCCUCCUCCCUCUCCGGGUGGUGAUGGAAUCUCCACACAUCAGUACAAAAGCAGGAAAGCUCUAAUUUCAACAGCAGGACAUCACCUCCUCCCCAGGCUGCUGCAGAGUAGGCACCCGCAGCGAGGAAGGGCUGCUCGUGUGGAGACUGGAAUUCUGUGGCCAAAAAAAAAGGGACUUUUACUGUAAAUCAUGAAUGCUCUUCUGCUCUCAGUAGUUACUGUAAGGAUCUCAGACUGCACACAGUGUGGGUGUUGCCUUGGAGGGAAUUCUCUGUGCUGCUCCUGAUGAAGAGUAUUUCCUUUAUCCCCCCAAAAAAUGGAUAAACAAGUGGACAACCCCAAGCUUUGGCAGGGAGAAACAAUGAAUAAUGCACUGGCCAUGACCCCCAUUCCCUGUCUCACUGCCCACCACAACAUACCUGCACAAGGGUGGGAGGAAUCAUGUGUUAAUUAAUGUCUUAAUUACAGCCAAAUUUACAUCUUUAUUUCCUUCCAGCAACGCUCAUGUGCAGUGUUCCUCUACCAAUGCUUAACCUAAUAAAAGCUGAUGAUGACAA